ACUGCAAAAUGCACAACCUACGAAGUGAAAUAAACAGAUAGAUAGAUUCACUCUCACUCUCAUUCUCAUUCUCAAUAAACAAAUGCAACCAUAAAAGGAAGAGAAGAGAACAACCACUCUUACACUCUGUCUAACCUGUUUUCUUAUGUUAUGUUCUUCUUAAUGUUCUGUUCAGACAUACAAAGAGAAAGAGAAAGAGAAAGAGAAAGCAUCUAAAUAAUGAUAAGGUUCCACCUAUUCUGAAAACAAAACAAUGAACCGAGUUCUUCUGUUUCCUUUGUCUCUUCCAUCAAACUAACAAACAAAUGACAAUGGAAGAAGUUUCUUUGCCAGGAACACUCCCUUUUGAUAGAGCUCUUGAACAGGCAAUUGUAUCUAUAAAGAAAGGUGCAUAUUUACUCAAGUGUGGUGGCAGAGGAAAGCCCAAACUCUGCCCUUUCAGACUUUCUCCGGAUGAGAGAAAUUUGAUAUGGUGCUCGGGGCAGCAGGAAAAGCAUUUGCGAUUAAGCGGAGUAACCAAAAUUGUUCAAGGAGAGGGAAAUAUAAGGUCUCAGAGACAAAACGAAACCGAAAAGGAGUGCCAUUCAUUUUCACUGAUCUAUGCUAAUGGUGAACACUCUCUUGAUCUGAUAUGCAAAGACAAAGCACAAGCUGCUACUUGGUUUGUUGGAUUGAAAGCUGUGAUUUCUAGGUGCCAGCAACCAAAAGCUUUUAGUAGUUUAAGAAGCUGCAAAGGAGUGCAGAGUUGUGUUAGUAGUCCCUCUGGAAUUUUACGGCGAAAGAAAAAUCUUGGUCUUCUAGAUGACACCUCUCAAUUUACUCAGGUACAUAGCGUGUGUGCAAGUCCUACUUUGUCACUUUCAGAACGGUGUUUUUCUGACGGCUUGUCAUAUAAAUCUGAAUUUUAUUCAUCAGUGUCGUCCCUCUCCAGCAUUCAUGGCAUGACAGACAAUUCAGUCCCAAGUUCUCCAUAUAUUAAUCCAGAUAUUCAUAGCAAUAUCAAAACAUCUCGUUUCGAAAAAGAGUACAAGAAGGAAUUGUCAUCAAAUAGAUCUAUCAUGCCUCCUGCCUCUGCACUAGUAGGAAACAAUGUAUUGAAGGAUGUCAUGGUAUGGGGUGGGGGAAUUGGUUGCCUUGUUGGGAUUGUGAAUGAAAGGUUUGUCCAAAAUAGUAUUUAUUCUUUAGUUCCAAAGUUACUAGAAUCCACCGCCAUGUUAGAUGUACAAAAUGUAGCUUUAGGAGGAAACCAUGCUGCAAUAGUUACGAAACAAGGGGAAGUUUACUGCUGGGGUCAAGGGAAGUGCGGAAGGUUAGGGCAAAGAAUUGAUAUGGAUAUUAGCUCCCCGAAAAUAGUUGAUACUCUUAGUGAUAUUCGUGUAAAAAACGUUGCUUGUGGCGAGUAUCAUACAUGUGCUUUGACGGAUUCUGGCGAAGUAUAUGCGUGGGGGAACGACGUUUCUUGUUCAGAUUUGGUUGAUGAAGGGAGAAUUAGAAGUCAGUGGUUAACACAUAAACUUUCUUUACCAGUAGAAGGUAUUAGUAUUUCCAGUAUUGCUUGUGGCGAAUGGCAUACUGCAAUUGUCUCUAGUUGCGGUCGGUUAUUUACGUAUGGAGAUGGUACAUUUGGAGUACUUGGACAUGGGAGUUAUCAUAGCUUUUCUAGUCCAAAAGAAGUUGAGUCUCUUAAGGGUCUAUGUGUGAGGUCUGUUGCUUGUGGAACAUGGCAUACGGCAGCAAUUAUUGAAAUCUCCGCCGAACGCUUUAAGUACAAUACUUCGACUGGUAAGCUGUUUACAUGGGGUGAUGCAGAUGAAGGGAGGCUUGGUCAUGCUGAUAAUGUAAACAAGCUUGUACCGACAUGUGUUUCACAGCUUGUUGACUAUGAUUUUGUUCAAGUAUCUUGUGGAAGAAUGAUGACUUUAGCACUUACUAACAUGGGAAAAGUUUUUGCAAUGGGAAGUGCAAAAUAUGGACAAUUGGGAAAUCCACAUGUUAAGGACAGAGCAGUUGUGGUUGAAGGAAUGCUUAAACAAGAAUAUGUUAAAAUGAUAUCUUGCGGUUCAUAUCACGUUGCUGUUUUGACAUCUUCAGGGAGUGUCUACACGUGGGGUAAAGGUGAAAAUGGAGAACUAGGGCUAGGCGAUACCGAAAACCGAUACACACCUUGUUUUGUUGAGGCUUUAAGAGAUAGGCAGGUAGAUACAAUAACAUGUGGUCCAAGUUUCACAGUUGCAAUAUGUUUGCACAAACCUAUUUCAAUUAGUGACCAAUCAAGUUGUAAUGGUUGUAGGUUACCGUUUGGCUUCACAAGGAAGAAACAUAACUGUUAUAAUUGUGGUCUUUUGUUUUGCCGCAGUUGUAGUAGCAAAAAAGUUAUGAAUGCGUCUCUAGCCCCGGUUAAGAGCAAGGCCUUUCGCGUUUGUGAUUCUUGCUUCAAUAGAAAGCAAGGAAGUAGUGAACAUCCAGCUAUGGACUCAUCAAAGUCUAGAAAUUAUAACAAUCAGCAGAUACAAAGGCAUCAUCAGAACAUGACUGGUGAUGUCACUGAAGAUAGAGGCGAAACAAAUGUGACAAAUGGUCCUAUGUUGUCUCUUAGUCAAACGUGUUACCGGAAAAACAUGCCUAGUGGAAGGAAGGUUUGGAAAAGCCAGCAGGAUUUAGAAGAUAGUUCUUCUAAGUUAGGUAAUGUGAUACAAUGUGGACAAGGACAAGUUCCAUAUUCAGCACAAUUUAGAAUCAAUUGUACAGAAAAUUCAGUUGUGCAUGAGACAGAAACAACAAAAUCUGAUAAGUUGCUCAUGGAAGAAGUUCAGAGGCUGAGAGCUGAGGCUAAGAGACUUGAAAAGCAAUGUGAGCUCAAAAACCAAGAAAUACAAGAGUGUCAACAAAAAGUCGAGGAGAGUUGGUCUGUUGCCAAAGACGAAGCUGCUAAGUGCAAAGCAGCAAAAGAGGUCAUAAAAGCUUUGGCAUUAAGGCUUCACACGAUCUCAGGAAAAGAUAAUCAUGGCCUAGAACAAAAGGCUGGGCUACAAGAACUUCUUCCAAAUUUGGCACCUAUACAUACUGAUACAAACAGUCCAAGAAAUGCCAACAUGGACAGUCUAUCAAAUUCCCCUAUAAUAUUCUCUAGUGCAUUAAAAUCCAAAUUCGGGAGAAGUAUUCUUCUUAAAAAGGACAAUAAUCUCACUAAAGCAGAAUCUCAACAAGAGAAUGCAUUGAAGGUUGAAUGGGUUGAACAAUAUGAGAAUGGUGUUUACAUUACAUUGACAAAGUCGCCGAGUGGAGAAAAAGGCCUUAAGCGUGUGCGAUUUAGCCGGAAGCGAUUUUCGCAGAAAGAAGCUGAAAGAUGGUGGGAAGAGAAUCAAACAAAAGUGCAUCAUAAAUAUGAAAUUGAAACUAGGUGAAAGUCUAAUUUAUUACUUGCCAUUCAUCUCUAGCAGUUUUCUUCACCAUAGUUCUUAGUGUAGGAGGUGAUACUGGGUUCAGGAUUUAGAUGAGAAGCUUAUACUGCAAGAAAGAUUAAAGUCUUUUUGUAUUUAAGCAUCCUUCAUUAAUUCAUGAAUAUUUUGGGACAUUCUGUCUUCUGUACAUUCACCAAUAACAGAGUGUCUCUUAAUUUUCUAUAUGCCAUUUUAAUAUUAUAGCAAGGUUGUUCACUUUUA